UUGCCGGCUCUAGUGCAGAAAAUCGGAAAAUCUCUAUUUUGUUUCCACAACUUUGGCUUGUAACCACCGGCCACCGCCCUCCAUUAAUACACCAAUACAACGCCGACCAACGCACCAACGAGAAAACCGUGAGAGGAGGACAUGGCACUGCCCCCGAUCUCCACGUUGCUAGGUGUGGCAUUUCUGGCGUACAUCGGCCACUCCAUCUACCAGAUGUCGCAGCUCUUCACUACUCUGCAAUGCAGCGGUGUGCCGUGCUACACAUCAUUCCUGGCGGACCGGCCACGCCUCCAACUGGCAUUGUUUUCCUCCCUCAGCAGGAGUCCCAUUGCCACCGAGGUGCGGGAUCUGUACAAGGCCAAGCGGUUCGACUAUGAUCAGAACUUCGAGCAUGACUUCGAAGUGGAUGUGCCGCUGAGGACGCGCCGGAAUGGCUCCCUGCAUCUUCAUGUGGUCUUGGCCUUGGAGGGUGAGCCACUGGAAUGGCGCAGCCUGCGCAGAGAUGGACCCACCGUUGUCCAUACGAUGAGUCUCACGGAUUACUUGGUGCCGCGGGCGGAGGCCUUCAAACUGCUUGGAGAUUCCGAGAAAGGUGCAGAAGGCGAUGCCCAGGAGAAAGAAAAGAAGAAAGCCUCCACCACUGGACGUCCCAGCACCCACAUCCGAUCGAAUAUUUACGUCACCCUGCUCACUGAUCUCUUUUCCGUUUCGCAAGCGGAUGUCCCACCUGAAAUGGCCCCGUUGAUACGUGUCAAUCGCAAUCAACAAAUCUUGCCCAUCCUGCAGACUGAUACAUUUAAUACGCGGCUAAAGGAUCUAGUGCCCGUCACCCGCAAUACCACCGAAUUCACAUUCAGCUUCCACUACAAGCCCGUGGGCGUGGGCAAGCUCCGGCUAAUGCUGCUCAUGGAACACGCCACCCAGGCGCUACUCACCAUUGGAUUUGCGACCAAGGACAUUGACGAGGUGAAGGGCAUCUUCUCGGACACCAAUGUGUACCUUCUGUGUGGCACCAUCUUUGUGUCCAGUAUCCAUAUGCUCUUCGACUUUUUAUGCUUUAAGAACGAGGUGACUUUUUGGCGCAAAAAGCAAUCGUACGAGGGGCUAUCAAGCCGCACCACAAUGUGGCGAGCGUUUUCGCAGAUCGUAAUCUUUUUUUAUUUGCUAGAUGAGAAUACCUCGUAUCUGGUUCUUGUGUCAGUAGGCCUGGGCACGCUCAUUGAGCUGUGGAAGUGCAAGAAAAUCCUGCGUCUGGAGCUUAGCUUCAGUGGCCUGGUUCGUCGCAAGCUGGAGCAAGUUGACCUGCGGAAUGGUAACCAAGCUGGCGUGCAGUCAGGUCAGCUGGCGGAGGAGCAGAAGACUGAUCAGUUCGACAGACAGGGCAUGCGAUAUCUGAGCUAUCUGCUGUAUCCGCUUUGCAUAUGCGGAGCGGUCUAUUCGCUCCUCUACCAGCCACAUCGCUCCUGGUACUCUUGGACACUAAACUCGUUGGUGAACGGAGUUUACGCCUUCGGUUUCCUGUUCAUGUUGCCGCAACUGUUUGUAAACUAUAAGCUGAAGUCUGUGGCCGCAUUGCCGUGGCGCGCAUUUAUGUAUAAAGCAUUUAAUACCUUCAUCGACGACUUUUUCGCCUUUAUCAUCACCAUGCCCACGGCCCAUCGGGUGGCCUGUCUGCGCGAUGAUAUUGUGUUUAUUAUCUACCUGUAUCAGCGCUGGCUAUAUCCGGUUGACAAAAGUCGGCUGGACACGGGUCUGUCCAUCAGCGAGACCCCGGAUACGACCAACAGCUCAUCCGCUUCCAUUGCUGUCAAUCGCAAAAAGCGAAAUUGAUCCUAUAUCAGCAAAAGGAGUAAAGGCUGCACAUUCCGCCUAUAGCUUGAGGUCUAGCCCGAGUCGUAGUAAUCCGAGUCCGUCUUUAGUUUAGUAGUGAUAUUAAUCCUGUGUUGUAGUCUAAACUGUUUUAAGCUUGUGCGUUAAUCGUUAAGUUAAAAGGCAGAAGCAUCAACUGCGUAUAAUACAAUUUUAAAUCAACAGCACCAUAAGAUUGCAGAACUAUGGAAUUUACUAUAACACAUAAUUUUAAAGUAUAAAUUAUGAAAUAUUGUGAAAUGACUCAAACGUUGGCCUUUCACAUUGUUAGAUUGGUCAGCUAAAAGGCCAAGUGGUACACUUUACAAUAAUAUAUCCAAAUAUAGAUCAAAACGUAUUUUAGAAACAAUCAGUUAACAUGAAAUCGUAAAGGAUCGUAAAGCUACAAGUGAUUCUAAAAUCUCAAUUAACCAACACAAAAUGCAUUUUCUAAAAUUUAAAGGGAACCCAAAAGCAUCAGAAGGCUGCCAAAUAUAUAUAAAGUCAACUGAAAUCACUCGUAAUAAAAAUAAAACUUUAGUGUUUCUAAAA